CAGCAACAGCCGCCAUCCGGCGUUCCGGGCCCAACUGGCCGGAGGCUGCACAUCGCCCAUCGUCGGACUCCGUCCGAGAUGACGCCGUUGGUGAGCAUGUUUACGGCCAAUCCAAACAUCGACCAGCUGUCUAUCCAGCAGCUCCUGGCCGCCCAGCAGCAACAGAUCAACGAGCUCAACGCACAGGCUCAAUAUGUCCAGAACAUGAGCAUGAUGGGUGGCCAUUCGGUCCCGGGCUACAACAUCGUUCAGGGUAUGCCUGGAAUACAGCAACAGCCCAACUUCCAAUUUCCCAAUCAGCUGCAUCAGCAGAACAUGGCGCUGCCAAAUCAGCCGCUCACACAUCGCCGUAAUCAGUCGGCCGUCCCGAACAUGGGUAUAGGACCGCCUCCCGCCCCUUCCUCUGGCGCUGCCGGCUCUGCCUUCGGCAACUUCGAGCUGCCCCAACAGCCGCAGGGCCGUGAGAAUGCCGGUGGCUCACGGGGAGGGCGCGGUGGUGGCGGUUCUGGAGGUGGACACCAGAGGCGCCACUCGCUAGCCCUCGCUGACGCUAAGAAGGCUGCUGAGCUUGCCCAGCAGAAGCGCACGACAUCCGGCUUCCAAUUUCCGGCAGCGCCCGCCCCCGAGGAGGAGUCCAAGACUCCCGUGGCUACCUCGCUCGAUUCCCAGCCUCCUCCCCCUGCGCGGGCAGGACGUGGAGGACACGGUCGAAGUCAGAGCAUGGCCGUAGGCGCCAACGGCCGUGGAGGUGGUGCCCCCAGCGGCCGUGGUGGCACUCAUCUAUCAGUUGAGUCCAGCGGUGAUUUUCCGCGCCGUGGGUCUGGACACAAUCGUUCAUCGUCUCGCAACUUUGACUCCAACUGGCGCACUCCGCAGGCGCAGCCUCAGGACCAGGCCGCCGCUCAGACCCAGGGAGCAGGGUUCCAGCCUGGCCACCGCUCGCGUGGUUCCGUGAGCCAGUCCGUGAACUCUAUCGGCGCUUUCCAGUACACUGGCCAGCCCCAGCUGGUGCAGAUGCCCAACCAGAUGAUGAUGCCCGGGAUGUAUAACGGACAGCAGCUCAACGCCCAGCUGGCCCAACUCCAGGCCCUCCAGGCAGCCCAGAUGACUGGGCAGAACUUCAUGGGUCUGCAGGCGAGCCAGCACUCCGGCCAGCUCCAGCAGCAGCCACAACAACAGCAGCGCAAGACGCUUUUCACUCCUUACCUACCACAGGCGACGCUGCCCGCCCUGCUGGGCGAGGGGCAGCUCGUUUCCGGCGUUCUACGUGUAAACAAGAAGAACCGCAGUGAUGCCUACGUUUCUACGCAAGAUGGACUCCUCGACGCCGACAUAUUCAUCUGCGGUAGCAAGGAUCGCAACCGCGCCCUUGAGGGUGACCUCGUCGCUAUCGAGCUUCUCGACGUUGACGAAGUUUGGUCGCAGAAGCGUGAGAAGGAGGAGAAGAAAAAGCGCAAGGACAUCACCGACACUCGUUCGGGCUCCACCAACGCUGGCAGCCAGAGUAAUCAGAACAACGAUGACAACAGCGCUGCCGACGGAGGUAUCCGCAGACGCGGUAGUCUGAGACAGCGCCCCACGCAGAAGAAGAACGACGAUGUUGAGGUGGAGGGCCAGAGCCUGCUCUUGGUUGAGGAGGAGGAGAUCAACGAUGAACAGAAACCCCUGUACGCUGGUCACGUCGUCGCCGUCGUCGAGCGUGUUGCAGGUCAGAUGUUUUCUGGCACGCUCGGUCUGCUACGCCCUAGCAGCCAGGCGACCAAGGAGAAGCAGGAGGCUGAGCGAGCUGCCAGGGAUGGCGGCCGUCAGCACGACAAUCGCCAACAGGAGAAGCCCAAGAUCGUCUGGUUCAAGCCGACCGACAAGCGUGUGCCUCUGAUCGCCAUCCCCACGGAGCAAGCUCCCCGUGAUUUCGUCGAGAAGCACCAAGAUUAUGCGGAUCGUAUUUUCGUUGCAUGCAUCAAGCGGUGGCCCAUCACUUCGCUCCAUCCUUUUGGCACCCUGGUUGAGCAGCUCGGCAGGAUGGGCGACCUUAAGGUAGAGACCGACGCUCUCCUGCGUGACAACAACUUCUCCUCCGAUGAGUUCUCUGAAGCUGUCCUUCGCAGCGUUGGUCUCCAGGACUGGUCCCUCGAGAAGGAGGAUGAGGCCGCCAUCAGCGAGCGUCGUGACUUCCGGGCUGACAAGACAUUCACUCUUGACAUGGACGGCUCAGCCGAGCUCAGCAAUGCUGUGCACGUCAAGAGACUCGAUGAUGGAAAUCUUGAGAUUGGCAUUCACGUUCCAGAUGUCACUCAUUUCGUCAAGCCCAAUUCCCUCGUGGAUCGUGAGGCCAAAAAGCGUGGCACUGCUGUGCACCUGGUGAACAGGACCUGCGCCAUGCUCCCACCGAAGCUUUUUGCGGAGGUCUGUUCCCUGACGCCUGGCGAGGAGCGCCUUGCCGUCAGUGUUGUGUUCUCUGUCAACUCCCACACUGGAGCCGUCGCUGAGGAUGGUGCCUGGGUCGGUAAGAGUAUCAUCAAGAGCGGUGGCAAGGUUACAGUUUCUGAGAUCGAUGCUGCUCUGUCGAGACAAGCUGAUUUCAGCCACCCGGCCGUGGAGUCCACAGAUCUGCAGAUUCUCUAUAUGGUCGCCCAGAAAUUCCGAGAGUACCGUUUGGGCGCCGGUGGUGAACCCAUCGCACCCCUCCGGCUUCUUCACCAGCUUGACGAUGAGAACAUUCCUAUCAAGAACAAUCUCUUUGAUUCGACCUCCGCGAUGGAGCUCGUGGAGGAGCUUAUGCACAAGGCCAACACAUACGUGGCGCAGCGUAUCGCUGAGGGCGUUCCCGAGAAGGCUCUUCUCCGAAGACAAGCUGCUCCCAACCCUCGCAGGCUGCAGACUUUCGUUGAUCGCAUGAAUGCCCUUGGCUACGAGAUCGACAGCUCCAGCAGCGGUGCGCUGCAGAACAGCCUUUUCAAGGUCGACGAUACUGAUAUCAGGAAGGGCAUGGAAACCUUGCUGCUCAAGUCCAUGCAGCAUGCGAAAUACUUCAUCGCUGGCAAGACCGCCAAGCAACUGUGGCCUCAUUACGCCCUCAACCUGCCUCUAUACACUCAUUUCACCAGCCCGACUCGGCGCUAUGCAGACAUUCUGGUUCAUCGGCAGCUCGAGGCCGCCCUGUCAGAGGGCAGCAUCGAAUACAACGAGGAUAUUGAGAACCUUGUCAAGACGGUAGAGAGCUGCAACACCAAGAAGGAGUCCGCCCAGAAUGCCCAGGAGCAGAGCAUUCACAUCGAAGCCUGCCGCACGAUGGAUAAGGCGCGACAAGAGGCGAACGGCGAUCUCAUCAGCGAAGGCAUUGUUCUCUGCGUCUACGAGUCGGCUUUUGACGUUCUGAUACCCGAGUGGGGCUUUGAGAAGCGCGUCCACUGCGACCAGCUGCCUCUCAAGAAGGCAGAGUUCAGGAAGGAGAAGAGAGUUCUCGAGCUGUACUGGGAGAAGGGUGUCCCCAGCUCCGCCUACGUGCCAGAGGAUGAGCGGCCGAAGGCUGCAACCUCCGUUCGCAUGUCGAACGCCAUGGCGGCGGCAAAGCAGGCCGAGGAAGCAGAGAAGGCAAGAAAGGAGCGCGAAGAAACGGCUCGCAAGCAGACCGAGACCAACACUAUCUCGACCAACGACGUCGAUGCACUCUUUGAUGACGACGAUGACAAUGGCUCGGAUAUCACGGAGGCCAUGGCAGGGGCUUCGCUCGCCGAACGCCCGACCCAGAGCGUGCCAGGCUCUCCUACACGGUCCUACAAUGCGGCUGGUGUGUUGCACCGCACGAAGUCCGAUUCCAAGGUCCCCCAGGUUGACUCCCCGGAGGACCGCCUGACAAACAAGGAGAAGUAUCUGAGCCUCUUCAAACUGCGAGAGGAAGGCGGGGAGUACAUCCAAGACGUCACAGAGAUGACACGCGUGCCUAUCAUCCUAAAGACGGACCUCAGCAAGAGCCCACCAUGCCUGACCAUUCGCUCGCUCAACCCCUAUGCUCUCUAG